AUGUCUUCAGUUCAUAAUAUAACCCCUGUUGUCAUGGCAAUGCACGAGGGGAUGCAAGAUGAUCAUGCUACUAUUGCGCGUACCUCUUCCAUUUCCCAAAGAAGCAUAUCAUCGUCCAUUACUGAGAAACACGCUUCAGUGCCUGCAAUGCUACCAGAUGAAGCAGUGUUUGCUAGCAAGAAAGACGUCGACCAUGAAUACCAAUUCAAAUGCGAUGAUCCCGAAAAUGGAGUCAACAAACAAACAUCCAUGUCUGAUGUUGAGCAACAACAACAACAACAACAACAAGAUACAGACAUGGAUGGUGGUUAUGGUUGGCUCGUGAUUCUCGGGACAUUCAUGGUCCAAGUCACUAGUUUUGGCACUGCUUCAUGCUGGUAA